AUGGAGGAAACCGAUUUGGAUCCCGGAUCUUACCCGAUUUCGCCCGCUUCAGUCCAUCUCGCCCCCUUCUCUCUCGUUCCUCCUCCGUCUGCUCGUCUCCUGUCAAGCCACUUCACUCGUCGCGCCCAGAACCCAGUGCAAUCGUCUCGCCGUCUGGCUCACAUUUCUCUCCAGGGCCUGCUCGUCAAUUGCGAUGAGGCCAGCUCGGCUCGGUCGAUCGGCGGCGGAUUGAGCCGAGAGGAAACCCUCGCCUGGGAGCUCUUUACGCCUUACCAGAGGUUCCUGAUUGUGGCGGUCAUCGGCGCCGCCGCCGCUGAGUCGAAGAAGAAUGGCGUGAUUCGGCAGCUCCAGAAAUCGGUUGAUCUCAGGGACCAGCUUCUUUCAAGCAUGCAACAAAAACUGGACGGUCUGUGUCAAGAGCUAAAUCUUGCCAAGGAUCAGUCUGGAAAUGGAGCCAAGGUCUUAGAUCAUGGUGAUGUACAGUCAGCUUUCAAAGGAAACUUCGGAUCUGAGAAAGUUAAAUUCGUAGAUUGUGGUUGCUGGUUAUGUGAUCAACAUCAUCACUCACCACCUGCUAUACAGGAAAAAGCUCCUGCAAAUCUGGCGAUUGACGUAGAGCCAGAGGAAAGGCGUAUGUCUUACAUGUCAGAUUGGUGUUCUAGUGUCACAUCUGCUGCAGAAAUCCAUUUCGAUAAUCUAUCACUCGACCAAGACAUGCUUUCUCUCAGAAAGGAGUGUCAAGAGAAAGAUGCAACCAUAAAGGACCUAACUUCAUUUCUUCAGUUAACCAACAAAGCUGGUUCAAAACGAGAGACAGAGCUUGAAGAGAUUGUUCGCAGGAAGAAGACAAUAAUCAAGAAGCUCAAGAGAAACGUCCUGGUGUUAGAAGAAAAGGUGACACAGCUCACUAGGCUCCGGAGAUCCUCGUAUUCAGCUGCAGCCCUAGAUAUCCGUGAAUUCCCAAUGAGACUGGACAAUGUUCUUUACGAUGUGGAUGUUUCUACAGCUUUUUCAUCCUCUGAUUCAGAAACUCCUGCAAACACACCUCGACGAACUGUGCUGGAGGAUGCUCCAGUUGAACCCAUCAAGGAGGAGCCCUCAGAUCUGAGACAAAUCCAUAAGUCAGCGCCAGCUAAAUCCUCGGCCUCGCUUGUGAAAGCUGUGAAGCCGAGUUCAGUAGUAGUUAGUCCAUCAACGAACCGGAAGCCUGUCUCAGCUUCUUCUUCUUCUUCUUCAAGGACGAGACGGGCUUCUUCUGCUGGUGAUUCAAAGAAACCUAGAAGGCCAAUUCAGAUCACCCCAAGAGAUUCUUCUGGUUCACAUAAGAGAUGGGUUUAG